CCGUUGCUAGGCAACCGCGCUAAUGAGGCGGAAGAAGGAGAAGGGCUUUCCGUCACUUGCGUGUUGACGUCAUCGUUGACGGAAGCUUUGAGCUUGGCUGCGUCGGCGAGGCCCUGCGUCUGGAGCUGAAGGGGGCCUAAGAAGAUUCUGACCCUAGUUUGAGUGAUCGUUCCUUCCACCAUGGGGGAGCUCUUCCGGAGUGAAGAAAUGACCCUCGCACAACUUUUUCUUCAGUCUGAAGCAGCAUAUUGUUGCGUCAGUGAACUGGGAGAACUUGGGAAGGUCCAAUUUCGAGAUCUAAAUCCAGAUGUGAAUGUGUUCCAACGUAAAUUUGUUAACGAAGUCCGGAGGUGUGAAGAAAUGGACAGGAAACUCCGAUUUGUGGAAAAGGAGAUUAAAAAGGCCAAUAUUCCCAUCACAGACACUGGUGAGAAUCCAGAGGUGCCAUUUCCUCGUGACAUGAUUGAUUUAGAGGCAAACUUUGAGAAGAUUGAAAAUGAGCUCAAAGAGAUCAACACCAACCAAGAAGCCUUGAAAAGGAACUUCCUAGAGUUGACAGAAUUAAAAUUCAUACUGCGCAAAACUCAGCAAUUUUUUGAUGAGGCUGAAUUGCAUCAUCAGCAGAUGGCGGAUCCCGACUUGUUGGAGGAGUCUUCGUCACUACUAGAGCCUAGCGAGAUGGGAAGAGGAACCCCACUGCGACUGGGAUUUGUGGCUGGUGUCAUUAGCCGUGAGAGGAUCCCUACCUUCGAACGUAUGCUGUGGAGGGUGUGCCGUGGAAACGUCUUCUUGCGUCAAGCUGAAAUUGAAAAUCCAUUGGAAGAUCCAGUAACGGGUGACUACGUGCACAAGUCUGUGUUCAUUAUUUUCUUCCAAGGUGACCAACUGAAGAACAGAGUCAAAAAGAUCUGUGAAGGAUUCCGGGCUUCUCUCUAUCCCUGUCCAGAAACACCACAGGAAAGGAAGGAAAUGGCUGCUGGCGUUAACACCAGGAUUGAUGAUCUUCAGAUGGUGCUGAACCAAACAGAGGAUCAUCGGCAGAGGGUCCUGCAAGCUGCUGCCAAGAAUGUCCGUGUCUGGUUCAUAAAGGUUCGCAAGAUGAAGGCAAUCUACCACACCUUAAACCUCUGCAAUAUUGAUGUGACCCAGAAAUGCCUCAUUGCUGAAGUUUGGUGUCCUGUUGCUGACCUUGACUCCAUUCAGUUUGCCCUCAGGCGUGGCACAGAGCACAGUGGAUCCACUGUCCCCUCCAUCCUAAACAGGAUGCAGACCAACCAGACGCCCCCCACAUACAAUAAAACCAACAAGUUCACUGCUGGAUUUCAAAAUAUAGUAGAUGCCUAUGGGAUUGGGACUUACCGUGAGAUCAAUCCAGCUCCAUACACAAUCAUUACCUUCCCAUUCCUGUUUGCUGUGAUGUUUGGGGAUCUCGGCCAUGGUAUUCUUAUGACGCUUUUUGCUGUGUGGAUGGUGAUCAGGGAGAGCCGAAUUCUGUCACAGAAGAGCGACAAUGAGAUGUUCAGCAUGAUUUUCAGUGGCCGGUACAUCAUUCUCCUGAUGGGCUGUUUUUCCAUUUAUACUGGCCUGAUUUACAAUGAUUGCUUCUCAAAGUCACUCAACAUGUUUGGCUCUUCCUGGAGUGUUCGGCCCAUGUUUUCAUCUAAAGGCAACUGGUCAGAAGACCUUCUUCGAGAGUAUCCUGUGCUUCAAGUCAAUCCUGCUGUUGAAGGUGUCUUUGGUGGACCAUACCCCUUUGGCAUAGAUCCGAUAUGGAAUAUUGCUACAAACAAGCUGAACUUCCUCAACUCCUUUAAAAUGAAGAUGUCAGUCAUCCUGGGCAUCAUCCACAUGAUGUUUGGAGUCACGCUCAGUCUGCUCAAUCACAUCUAUUUUAAGAAACCUCUGAAUAUUUAUCUUGGAUUUAUCCCUGAAAUUAUCUUCAUGUCAUCACUCUUUGGCUAUCUGGUCAUCCUGAUCUUCUAUAAGUGGACAGCUUAUGAUGCUACGAUCUCAAAGGAUGCACCAAGCCUUCUCAUCCACUUCAUCAACAUGUUUCUCUUCUCCUAUGACCCCAAAGGCAAGAUGCUUUAUAAGGGACAGAAAGGUCUCCAGUGCUUCUUGGUAGUGGUAGCAUUUAUGUGUGUGCCAUGGAUGCUGGUUGCCAAACCACUGGUCCUUCGCCAGCAGUACCUCAGGAGAAAGCACUUGGAAGGGCAGCCCGUGGAACCCCCUGUCAGCCCAGCUCAGAGCCCGCAGGCAGUAGAAGCAGCAGCGGCUGCAACAGGAACACUCAAUUUUGGUGGAAUCCGAGUGGGCAAUGGUCCAACUGAAGAAGAUGCUGAGAUUAUCCAGCAUGACCAGCUUUCAACCCAUUCAGAGGAGGGAGAAGAGCCUGCCGUGGAGGAGGUGUUUGAUUUUGGAGAUACAGUUGUCCACCAGGCCAUCCAUACCAUUGAAUAUUGCUUGGGAUGCAUCUCCAACACAGCUUCAUACCUGCGCCUCUGGGCACUCAGUCUGGCUCAUGCACAGCUCUCAGAGGUCCUCUGGACAAUGGUGAUCCAUGUGGGGCUCAGUGUGAGCAGUUUGGCUGGCGGCUUUGGCUUGUUCUUUAUGUUUGCUGCCUUUGCCACUCUGACAGUGGCCAUCUUACUUGUCAUGGAGGGCCUCUCUGCUUUCCUGCAUGCCCUCCGCUUGCACUGGGUGGAAUUCCAGAACAAGUUCUACAUGGGCACCGGGUUCAAGUUUCUCCCUUUCUCAUUUGACAGCAUUCGUGAUGGGAAAUUUGAUGAAUAAUCCCUUGAGACCUAACCAUUGGACAUGUGGCAGUAAACCUUGACUCCCUUCUGCAUGUGUGUGUUAGCCUGUGUGAUAGUCUGAAGUUGUGUAGCUCUCCUGCUUUGGCCACAAGCUCCUACUGUGGCAAUGAUGUGCUUUUCUUCAAGUAUCUCAAGGAAAUGCUGGGGUGCCCAUAGGAAUUGAUGCAGAUACAGCACUGUAGUCCUGGCAAAUACUGGGGUCAGGCAAUAGUCAUCAGGUUACAUAGACAGGGAAGUCCUGAGGAAAGAGCACAUCAUCUCCAGUCACCCUGAUUAUUGCAAGCAUGCUAGCAGCUCUGUUUGGUAGUAAAUCACAAUCUAAGUUUCUAGUCCUGAGUGUUCCUUUAACUGGAAUAUGAACUGGAAUAUGAAUAUGUGCUCAUCAACAUUUUAUGAAAACCUGAUUAAGUAGGGCUCCAUAUACUCAUUUCCUACACACUUGCUUGUUCUUUUCUCUAAAAACCCAAAGGAUAGUCCUUUGCCUAUUCAGACAUGUUGCUCACAACAUUCCCCCCCCCCCACUCCUGCCAUGGCAUCUCUGCUGCUUCUUCCUCGUUUUAAUCACUAUAAUAAAAUUUGCCUUUCAGAAUUUCACAAAGGCAGUAUGAAAAGAGAAGAGACUCCUCACUUAACAUCCUCACAUCAAUCUUUCACCUCUAAUCAGAACAUUAGCUGCUAUUCCCUUCCCAUCACACUUGCUCUCAUUUUGUAAGCUAAAUUUUGUCCCCACUCCCUGCCUUAUGCAAUGUGGAUGGGUGGGAGGCUCUAGGAAACCUGGACUGAAAGCAAGCAGUUCUUUGGGGAAGUGACCCCAAAUAGCAUUACAACUUGACAUUGUUGGAAUUUGUUCUUCCCUGGAUGAGGGUAAGCCAAGGAGUGAGAGGAAAGUGAGGUUGCUAGUUUUCCAUGUUCUGGAGCCAACCUGUGCUUGGCUUCGUAGCAUUUGUUAAUAAAGAAACAUUGGCUAACCCUGCCCGAAACUCUGAACAGCUUGUCUUGUUCCAAGGAAACUGAUGGUCUUUUGCGUCCAGAAAACUCCCACGUAAUGCUGACCUCCAUUAAUUGACAGAAGAAAAAACUGUUGCCACUGAGCUGCUAUAACCACACCCUAGCUACCACAGAGCAUUUGCAAAAAUAAACUGUUGCAUAGCAGCACUUGGUGUAUUUAGGAAGGGAUUCCCUUGGAAAAUAGGAAUCUACUGAGGACAGCAUCUCCCUUCUGUUUGUGCAGAACUUGGUGUAGUAAUAUGUCUGAGCUUCAUAUUCCUCUGUAAGGUAUUAUUUAUGUGAUCUCUGCUGUAUGUAUGUGUGUAUUGUGUAACACAAAUGUGCACUUUUCUACAAGUGUCUCAAUAGGAAACCUUGAGGUACCUCUAUUGAGCACUUAAGGCAAGAGCCCAGAUCCAAUAUGCUAACUUCAUAGGAAGAUGCUAGUGCAUCAAUUACUCUUGAGUAGAGAUGGUGCUGCUCGUGUGUGAAACAGAUAGAGAGCAGCCAGUCAUUGUGUUUACCUGUGCUGUCUGGACAACUGUAGCAUGCAAUGAAGUUUUACCUGGCUGUUCUCAUCAGCCAAUCACUGUAUCUAUUAAACAAGUUACUGUACCGUG